AGAGCAUUAAAAAAAUAAGUGUCAUCUCCCAAAACCCUCAAUUUAGCCGGAACAUAAACUACAAAGUGAAGGUAUCAGUUAGUGUCGCGACGCCUCAACUCAAUGGAGGUGUCAGCGUUUUCAUCAACCUUCACCUUACCUGACUUUUCUCAAAGCCAUCUUUAUGAUAACACUACAAACCCUUCUUUUCUAUCUCCAUCUCUCCCUCUUCACCGUUUCAACUCAAUAAACCAUUCCUUUUUAAAACUUCAUUGCGUCAAUUCGGAUUCUGUGCCCAGGACGAUCGAAGUCUCUGGCGCUGAAGCCAUCUGUGCUAAAUUCAAAGGUGAAGAAUUUGUAACUGAUGACAGUGGCGGCGGCGGCAGCGCUGGUGGCCAUGGAGAUGGCGGCGACUCGUCUGGCGGGCGUGGUGACAAUGGUGGUGGUGAUGGAGAAGAAAAUGAUAAAGAAGAAGAGGAGUUUGGGCCCAUACUGAAAUUUGAAGAGGUUAUGAAAGAGACGGAGGCUAAAGGCGUGAGUUUGCCUUCUGAUAUGCUGGAAGCUGCCAAAACUACUGGGAUUCGUAAAAUGUUUCUUCUUCGCUAUUUGGAUUUGCAGGGAUCAAUUUGGCCACUUGGAUUCUUAAUGAAAUACUGCUCCAUGCUUCGUAACCGAAUGUUGGCUGAUCCUUCUUUUCUUUUCAAAGUUGGAACAGAGAUUGUUAUUGAUUCUUGUUGUGCAACAUUUGCGGAAGUUCAGAAAAGGGGAAAAGAUUUUUGGUCAGAGUUUGAGUUGUACCUAGCUGAUCUGUUGGUUGGUGUGGUUGUUGACAUUGCUUUGGUUGGCAUGUUAGCACCCUAUGCUCGCAUUGGGCAGCCAUCAGUGUCAAGUGGUUUAUUUGGACGGAUACAAAAUGCUUGUGGUUCUCUUCCCAGUAGUGUUUUUGAAGCUGAGAGACCAGGAUGUAGAUUCUCAGUGAAGCAGCGGAUUGCUACAUACUUUUAUAAGGGUGUACUGUAUGGUUCAGUCGGGUUUGGCUGUGGUCUCAUUGGCCAAGGCAUAGCAAAUUUGAUCAUGACUGCCAAAAGGCAAAUCAGACAGUCUGAAGAGGAUAUCCCUGUGCCACCUCUUGUGCAAAGUGCUGUUCUUUGGGGUGUUUUUCUAGCUGUAUCUUCCAACACUCGGUAUCAAAUUAUUAAUGGACUAGAACAGCUUGUGGAAAAAUCAGCAUUGGCAAAGCAGGUCCCUCCAAUCGCAAUGGCUUUCACAGUGGGUGUUCGAUUCGCCAAUAAUAUUUACGGUGGCAUGCAGUUUGUUGAUUGGGCAAAAAUGAGUGGUGUGCAAUAAAAAUUGCCUUCUUCACAAGUUUACAUUAAGAUAAAUUACAGAGAUUAGUAAAAUUUAGCCAAAGCAUCUUGAGCCAGCCUGUAGUAGCUUAGAUUAAAGGCUGUGCAAUUAUUUAUUUUGAUCAUGUUAGAGCAAAGUUGCAUUUUCAUCUUUGUAACAAGAACUUAGGGAAGAAGUCACUUGAUUGAGGUGGAAUAUCUUAACUAAUGUUAUGAAAAAGGGUUCCAUUUUUUAUGAUA